CCUGGUAUAGGACUGUGUGGGAUGCCGAGCUUCAGAGGGUGGUCCCAAACUAGCUGCCACCCUGCCACCUGUUUGCUGCUGGCCUCCAGGACUGACACCAGACAGAAUGCUCCUGAAGGUACCUCUGAUUCUGGGGCUCAUUGUGCUGGUGCCUCAUGUCUGCAGUUCUGACUUUAUGGACGUUGGUAGUAGAACAAAUUACUUCACCUUGUGUGUUGAGUUUGCGGUGUUUCAUUUCAACCAAGUCUACCCAGAUGAGUAUGCGUAUAAGCUGCUGUGGGUGCGGCGAAGCCAGCGCAAGCAGUUUACCUUGAUAUAUUUAAUGGAGGUGGAAUUGGGCCAAACCAUUUGCACAAAAGAGGAUGAAGAUCUGGAAAACUGCCCCUUGCAAGAAGGCCCGGAAGAGAAAAAGUUGGACUGCACCUUUAUUGUGGAUGCCAGACCAUGGCUUUCCCAGUUCUUCCUCCUGAACAGUACCUGUGUGCAGAAAUAGGCAGAGAAGGAGACCCUGGCUCCUCAAGCAGAAGUUCCUGGAACACGUGGGUGGUUCAGUCAGUUAAGCAUCAGUCUUCAGCUCAGGUCAUAAUCUCAGGGUCCUG